GCCCCUUCUUUCUAGUGCCUCUCUCACUCUCUCUCUCUCUUUCCCUCUUCCUCUCUCUCUCUCUACUUUCUCUUCAGUGUGUUGUGCAGCAGAUACCUCCAAUGGUAUUUUGCUGACAGGUACAAUAAGUGAUUCUUCACUUCCUAACCUACACACCCCCAACUAAUCAAUUUUCAAGCUUUAGCUUUAUAUUUUAUUUCCUUUACUACCCACUUUAUUGGUUAUUAAUGGAAUCCAUGUCAGUGAAUAAAUGGCUGGAAAACCAUACUUCUUCUGCACCCCUUAUCUGUGUUACAGUUGCAAACAGCAAGAGAGAAGCUUAAUUGAGGGGGGUUGAGGGAGGGGUGGGGGGAGGGUGGGGAAAGCAAAAAGGAACAAUCAGCUUUUGAAAUAAGUGCUUUUAUGGACUGGAACUUGAAAGCAGCUUCUUGGGAUUUGCCUGAACUAGAACAAGGAACCUUUUCUAACUUAGACACUACAGUUGAUGGGUCUAGCAGCUUUGGAGAUCAUAGGACCUUCAAAGGCAGCAACUUUUCGGUUGAUUUGAAGCUUGGUCAGUUGGGUGGCCCUGGGAAUAAUGAGCUCGUGGGUAUGCUGAAGGAGCCGGGUGGUCCGAAAACUACCUCAUCAUCUCCUUCUGGAUCAUUAAAGAGGUCAAGAGCGGCUUACAGUGGAUCUCAGAUGGUUUCAUGCCUCGUUGAUGGAUGCAAUUCGGACCUUAGUACUUGUAGGGAUUACCAUCGGCGGCAUAAGGUCUGUGAGCUACAUUCAAAGACUCCUCAGGUCACUAUUAACGGUAACAAGCAACGAUUUUGCCAGCAGUGUAGCAGGUUCCAUGCUCCGGAGGAAUUUGAUGAGGGAAAGAGAAGUUGCAGGAAACGUCUUGAUGGACACAACCGGCGGCGAAGGAAGCCUCAACCAGAACCCUUGUCGCACCCGGGAAGUUUUCUGUCCAAUUACCAAGGUACCCAAUUGUUGCCAUUCUCUAGUUCACUUGUAUACCCCUCCACCAAUGUCAUAAACCCUGCCUGGGCCGGCAUUGUCAAAACUGAGCCAGAUUCCGGGGUUCAUAACCUCCAGCUGCCAUUGAUCGAUAAGCAAAACAUGUUCCUUGGGUCCUCAGGUAGCACUAGCAGCAGCGGUUACAAGGGAGGAAAGCAGUUCUCGCUCUUCCAGAGCAGCAGCAACAGCUCUCCACUCCACCACAACCACCAAACAUCUCAUCAUCAUGGCACUUCUGUCUGCCAACCCCUUCUCAACAACAUUUCAUUCUCCGAAACUGCUAGUGGUGGUGGUGGGACAACAAAGAGCAAGAUGUUUUGUGACAGGUUAACAACUCAAAUCCAUGAUUCGGACUGUGCUCUCUCUCUUCUGUCAUCACCGCAGACGCAGCAGACAUCGGAAAUAGGUUUGAGACACACAGUGCAGCAGCCUAACUCAAUCUCUCUGAUGCAACAACGACUAGGCCCCAACGGUCUACGCGGAAACAACAGUGCCAUGGAGCCCAUGGAUUCAGUUUUGGUCUCCAAUGGAAGUGGUGAUGCAAAUGUUCAUUGCCCCGGAAUGUUUCGGUUAAUCUCUGAUGGUUCUCAGGGCAAUGGGAAUCAACACCAUCAAUCCCCUCAAACACUUCCUUUUCAUUGGCAGUAGCAAAAAUUAUUUGCAGGAUUUCUAGAUCAGUGGUUGCAGAGUGGAAUUUAGAACCUCUUUGUAUGAUUUUGGAUGCCUUUUCUUUUGUUCAUGUAAACAUAAGUAUACCAUUUAUUUAUGUACUCUUCAACUAUGAUUAAUUAUAUGGGCUCCUUAUUAA